UGUAGUCGCGCUGUCGCGGGMGCGCCGGUGGCGCUGCCGCCUCUAUCGCCGGGUGGAGCGGCAGGGCCGGGCUGGGCCGAGCGGAGAGGAGCGCACCUUGUGGGGCGGCUGUGCCGGCGAGGGUGUAGGCGGAGGGUCCGGUCCCUCUUCUCUCCCCGCUUUCUGGCGGGGGAGAAAUGGAGGCUCCGUGGCGCCAGGGCGGCCGGGGCCGCGGCCGCGCCAGGCCCGGGGACGAGCUCGCUGCUCGCACUGGAGUGGCCGCCCGGCCCCCGGCCCCGAGGAGCCGCGGCGGUUCCCGCGCUGCGGCAGCGGGGACCAUCGGCGAGGGGGCUAGCGAGUUAUCUUCACUGAAGAAAUUUGAUGAAAUUAAGAAGGCUAAUCAGGCAGCAGCAAAAAAGCUAGUUGAAGAUCAAUUAAGCUCCUCAUCUGAAGAUGAUGAUGAAGAUGCUGAAGUAAAACAAGGAAAGAUUUUGGACAAAACAUUUACCAUUUACACGAGUCAAACUGAUGGAGAUGCAAGUGAACUGGAACGUACGAGGCAGUACAUGAAUGACGCUUUUCAGUCAGGGGCUAUGACAUGUCUCAUCUGCAUUGCUUCAGUUAAAAGAAACCAAGCUGUCUGGAGCUGCUGUGGGUGCUUUUGUAUAUUUCAUCUGGUGUGUAUCCAAAAGUGGGCCAAGGACAGCCUGUUCCUUGUAUCUUCUCCUUUGACAGAUGAUGAUUUUGGGAAGAAAGAUUAUCCGUGGCCAUGUCCAAAAUGUAGGUUUGAAUACAAACGYGCUGAAACUCCCAGUAGGUAUUACUGUUACUGUGGAAAAGUGGAGAAUCCAGCAGUAGACCCAUGGCUGGUACCUCACUCCUGUGGUCAGAUAUGUGAGAGGGAAUUCAAACCUUCCUGUGGUCAUAAAUGUUUGCUGCUUUGUCAUCCAGGACCCUGUCCACCUUGCCCAAAGAUGGUAACAACAACCUGUUACUGUAAGAAAGCCAAACCAGUGCCCCGAAGGUGCAGUGCCAAGGASUGGUCUUGUCGCCUGCCGUGUGGGCGAAUGUUGCUGUGUGGACAACAUGCUUGUGAGAAUCCCUGUCAUGCAGGGGAUUGUCAGCCCUGUCCACGUGUCAGUAAACAACGGUGUAUCUGUGGAAGACAGACAGCAGAGAGACUUUGUGCAAGCCCUCAGUGGCAAUGUGAUCAGGUAUGUGGGAAACGUUUGCCUUGUGGUAAUCACACAUGUGAACAAGUUUGUCAUGCUGGUCCCUGUGGAGACUGUCCUCGUUCUGGGAAAAGGUUCUGUCCUUGUGGAAAAACAAGGUUUACAUUGCCUUGUACAGAAGAUGUGCCCACCUGUGGUGAUAGUUGUGACAAAGUUCUGGAAUGUGGUAUCCAUAAAUGUUCACAGCGCUGCCAUCGGGGUCCCUGUGAAAUAUGCAGACAGGAGGUUGAAAAACAGUGUCGCUGCGGAAAGCACACCAAGUGCAUGCCAUGUCAUAAGCCAUAUCUGUGUGAAACAAAGUGUACUAAAAUUCGUGAUUGUCAAAAGCACCAGUGUCGGAGGAAGUGCUGUUCUGGAAACUGUCCACCUUGUGAUCAAGUCUGUGGGCGAACUCUCGGCUGCAGAAAUCACAAAUGUCCUUCAGGCUGUCAUAGAGGUAGUUGUAAUCCAUGUCCAGAGACUGUAGAUGUGAAAUGCAGUUGUGGAAAAACAGCCAUUAAAGUGCCCUGUGGCAGAGAGCGUACCAUCAGACCUCCCAAAUGCAAGCAGCUGUGCAGUCGGCCACCUACCUGUCACCAUUCUACCCAGGAGAAACACUAUUGUCACUUUGGGCGGUGUCCUCCAUGUCGUCAGCCCUGCCAGAAAACGUUAACGUGUGGUCACUUGUGCCCUGUUUCUUGCCAUGAUGAAGCACUUGUGAAGCAGACUGGCUCACAUCAGUCUGCAGGCCCUUGGGAGCAGCCAUCUGAGCCAGCUUUCAUUCGGACUGCGCUACCAUGCCCUCCCUGUGAGGUUCCUAUACCAGUGGAGUGUCUUGGACAGCAUGAGGUUAGUCCAUUGCCAUGUCACUCUGCAAAUCCCUACUCAUGUAAGAGAUUUUGUGGGCGGCUUCUUGAUUGUGAGAAUCAUACCUGUAUGAAAGAGUGUCAUCAUGUUACUAAGUUGAACAGUAGUGCAGAUGGAAAGAAGGCGGGUCCAGAAUGUUCACAGUGUGAAGAAGAGUGCACCAAACCCCGUCCAUCUGGUUGUCCUCACCGAUGUGUUUUGCCCUGUCAUCCUGGGGAYUGCCCGUCAUGUCUCCAGAUGCUUAAAAUAAAGUGUCACUGCAAACUGUCAGUGCUGUAUAUUGAGUGCUUGAAACUAACAUGUGCUGAUUUAAAAGAAAAGGAGCUUCUCAUUUCCUGCAAAAAUCAAUGUCCAAAAGAGUUGCCCUGUGGUCACCGAUGUAAAGAGAUUUGCCAUUCAGGUAGCUGUCCUCUGAACUGCAGCCAGAAGGUCAAGCUCCGAUGUCUCUGUAAGAGACUGAAAAAGGAAGUACAGUGCAGCAAGAUGCAAGAAGGCCAAGCUUCACUGGAAUGUGAUGCAUUAUGCAAGGAAAUGAAGCGGAAAGCAUAUGAGAUAAAAGAAGCAGAGGCCAAAGCUGCUCUUGAAGAAGAGAAGCGAAGACAACAGGCUGAACUGGAAGCUUUUGAAAACCGAUUAAAAGGGCGAAGAAAGAAUAAGAGAAGAAAGGAUGAGGUAGAAGUUGAACARUCAUCAUGGCAAAAGUACAAGAACCUCAUUAUGCUGCCAGUGUUCGGAGUUGCUGUUGUGAUGGUUGCAUGGCUCAUGGUCUACAAUGACUGAAAACAACUCAAUAGUUAAUAUACCUCAGGUGGACUUUAGGUAGCUAUUAUUCCUAGAAUGUUAGUCUGUGUGUAACAGAACUUAAUAUGCAUAGAUUAUGCAUGUAUACUAUUUGCUAAGAAAAGUGCAGAGGAGAGAAGAAAUGUCACCUUUUGUGUUAAUACAUACACAGCACAAAACUGAACUCUGAAAGUAAUAGUAGAUUCCAGGCUACACUGAAGUGCUGGUUGUUUGACUGAGAUCUGUUAACAUCUAUUAAUAAUGUUAUUUUUCCUUGUCUCCAUUUUAUAAUAUUAAGAAUAGCUAAGUAUAAAAUGCUUUGUUGAAUACAUGUUUCCUGUAAAAUCAGCUUAAUGGUUUAUUGAAGGUUGGUGUUCUUAUGCUAGUCUUUAUGUUGUAUCACACAAAAAUUUCUGUGCUUCAUGUCGGUUUUAAUUAUGACAACUAACAGGGAACCUUGGAUCACUUAGGCUUAAAUAUUCUAGAGCUUUGUUCAGAGAAAUGAGAUGGGAACUGUCUUUCAAUUCAGCUAUAUCACAGACAAUACAGUGGCCCCCUGUUACAGACUGUAAACAAACUGYGAACAGGGGUUUGCUUUUUUGUUGUUUCACCCCACUCCUUCCCACCCUUGUUUCCUCAAAAUUGAACUAACUUGCAAAGUUCCUUUAGUGGACAGGUAACAUAAGUUGAACAUGGAUGUGAAGUAAUUUCAGGGUACAGGGAUGCAUUCUCACUGUUGCUGCAAUUGCCAGCAGCAGAAAGCCAAUUUGAAAUUACACCUAAGAGUAUCGCUUGGCUGUUCAUAUAGACAAGUGUCAGAGCUGGAUAUUUGCAUAGGUGUUCAAAAAUGUAAUUGGAUAGCAUAACAAUACARUUAUAUGUUGUUCUAAGGCUGUCUGGAUGGUUCUUGGUAGUCACAUUUAAACUAUCUAGCUAAAUUUUUAAAUAUUUAAGUAUUUUCUUACUGACAGUUUUGAUAUUUUGCUUUAGUUUAUCAGUAUUUGUUGGUAGAACUGGAAGAUUUUCAUCUGGCGUCAGGAUUGUCAGAGAAGCUGUAGAGUCUCAGGUGAGAGACUGCAAGUUAAAUUUAGGAAUGGGAAAAUCAGAAAACGGAAUUUUUAAACCUCUGCUAGAAAAUUUUUGCUGAUACUUGAGCCUACAGGUGUCAGGCUCACUACAAAGGUCACUACAAAGGUGAUUACAAGCUCCUGAAAAAAAUGGGGUGCAAAGACAAAGGGCAUUAGUAGUAUGCCCUUGUAAUUCAGGCAUGUAAUUUCAUCAACAAAUCCUGCAAAAGCAGUGGGAUCACUUGUGUGAGUUAGUAGAAAAGACUGCAGUCUGCUAGAAAGCUCUUCUGGUUGAUUUUGACUUACGUGUAAAGGGACCCAGGUAUCCAAUUGUAAUUCUGAUUCAGCAGCAGAAAAAUAAAAUUGAAAAGCUGCAAAAAGGCAGAAGCAUUUGAUUGUAUAGAUUAACAUACAUAGAUUAACAAACAGGGAGAAAAACGGUUUCAAUUUGUCACAGAAGUUUGGUGUGUGAGGAGAGUGGUGAGGAAAACUUGACAAUGUUUAGCAUGGAUUGAUGCUGUUUCAAAGUAAUUUUUUUUAAAUUGACAUUUCAGAGAUGCAUAUUAGUUAUGUGUCAGACCAUUAGUAUUUAAAGUUGUAGAAUUAAUUGGAAUUAUGCUAUGCAAAGUUGCAUAUCCAUUGAAUUUCCUUAAUUUCUAGUAUAAGAAAUAAACAAUUUUUCAUAUUGUUGCUUUAACUUUUUUUCUAUUAUAUUAAUGCCUGGGAGGUAAUUCCAGAUAUAAGUGUAUUUUCUUUAACCARCUGAGAUGAUGCUAUUGUGUGAGUGCAAAUGCAAUAUCUUCUCUCACUAAGAGAAAAAAAGAGAGAUUUUUGUUCAGAUGAAGUAAAAUGUGAGGGUUAACCAAAAGUACAAAAAGAUAAUCUUUCUGACUGAAAUAUGGAAAUCAGCAGGAAUGAGAACRUUGUGGAAACAGCUUUUAUCUUGCAUGACUAUAACUAAUUUUUCUAUUUACUGCUAGCUUUUUCUUUAAAACAAAUAUGAUGGAAAGUUUACCCUUCUACAAAAGAGAGAAGAAAUCUCUCUCCAGAGAGUUGUAAAAACUAACUACACUUGUUAUAUGUUUGAAGGAGUUCUUAGUAUUCUUUCUGCAUAUUUUGUAGUAUUUGUGUGAAAUACUGGAGAGGAAGACUUCUCAUUGAUCAUCUUCAUUAUAAUUAGAAAGCACUGCAACCUUUAAAAAUUCAUUCUGUUCAUACAAAGGUAUGUGUGAGUGGGCAUAUUCACUUUUUAAAGGAUUUGUAUCUCUCCUCAACCUUGCAUAUGCAAGACAUACCUAUUUUUGAAUUUUUUUUCAAAAUAGCUCUGUAURUCUUAUCCAGCCAUGUGAGUCAUUUGCACUCUGUUGGUCUGCCUGCUGAACCAGAUAUUUAUUUCUUGGCAUAAAAAAAAGUGUGGGGGCUCGAGCAAUCUGCAGUUUAAUAAAUCACUAGGGUUUUAUUUGUUUCUUUAUAAUAUUUUUAUAGUUAAUAUUUUGCCUUUCUUUGGUUGGAGCUAGCUGCACAUUGUCAACCUUUGAAAUACAAGGUACAUAUAAAAUCAUCUUUURUUCAGUAUUACUGAAAAAAGGAAUUCUAGAAAAUAAAUACUGAACUGAAGGUAGACAGAGUUUUUUAGCAAUUUAGAAGUAAUKUUCUGUUACAUAAUAUAAUGAGCAAAUAUUUUGAAUUUUAACAGYUUACCCAAAAAAGGCGUAUUGAUAAGUAUGCAUUAAAAAAUUAUAUGAUCUGACCUGCUGUUGAAGGGAAAUUUGUAGCGAUAGAAGCCUGAUAAUGACUUAACAUGAAGAAUAUUUAGUGAUGUGUAAAAUGAAAAAACUUGGAGUUUCCUGAUCCUGGAUGCAUUCUGAUGAGCAUAUGUCCUUCCACUAAGCCAAGGCUGUUGGUAUGUCUGGGAUUGGAAAUUCCCUGGGCAAGUUUGUUCCCUGGUCAAAUCCAUUGUGUGUGUUAAUUAAAUGUAAAAACCAAGUCAGACAAUAAAUGCAUCAAAAACAACUGGAAAAAUURUUUCUUCUCAAGAACUGGGGUAGUGAAGCAGCAAACAUCCAGGUAAUGAUGAGUGACAUACUGCAGCCGAAGUUUUAGGUGUGCUUUUUGCUGGCUUCUCCGGCACUGAUAGUUCUUACUGCUCAGAUUAAUGCUGGAAUUAUGUAAUUGUGUUUAUUCAUGUUACUGCUCUGACAAAAUGUGAAAAUGCAUUGGGGAAGUUGAUUAAGAUGAAACAAAUGGGAAUGGACUUGGUUGCUGACUUUUUUGACCUCAUAGGGAGGAAUAUAACUGAUUUAUUAGACAUUUGUGCUGACCUUAACUACUUGAGAAGGAAAUGUUACUAAGCAGAUAACACCAAAAUUUGUUCAUAAAAGCAUCUAUGUUAAAUUGUGGCUUUAAAGCAAUGAACUAUGAGUUUAUCAUCUCAGCAGUAGUUCAGGCUCCAAAACAUAUCUGCUCUAUGCCAGCUUUCUCUGAGUGAUGAGCUUGUGUGUUGUGAGGUUACAGCACAGAAAUGCUUGGUCUGAAGUGUGUUCCGGUGCCAGGCAUGGGAAGCUUGAUGUGUCUGGCAGCUGCUCUCUGGUGCRUUCUUUUGGGGUGGAGCAUUCUUGUUGGACAGUUCAUCUGCGAUCCUGUCCUCACUUUCAUUCAGUUAUCCCUCUUAUGCUUUGAUUUMAUCCCAUUACCAGUUGUUAUCUAUGGGCAUUUAAAUUUCUCAUUUUUUGUGCUUGAUGAAUGUGAAUUUGUAUUCUCGUCUGCCCUCAUUCAAGUAAGUUAAUCAGUUGCUCUAUGGAAUUAGGAAACAAACAACUUGUAGUGGUUUUUAUUUACUAGGAAGGGAAAUGCAAGGUAAACAGUAGGGAAAAAAUCAAGUCAAAUUAAUUUUAAGAUAAUGAGAGAUGCUUCUUUCCACAAGAGGUUAGAUAUUAAUGAGUUAUUUGAACACUGCAUUWAAAUGUCUAUAUACCACGGUAACAGAAAACAAGUUUGUGGUAUGGAUAGUGCAUGAAUAUGAACUGUGAUACAUCAAACUGGGUUGUAAGGUAGGCUUAACAGCAGCUGUGUAGAAAUAAGUCAUACUCUGAGGGAGCUGUAGCUCAAUUCAACCAAGUAUUAUUUAAGCUAAAUAAUUGUUGCUCAUGUAGUGAUUUCCAUUAAAAAAAAUCAACAAAAGCAGAGUUUGGGCUUUUUCUGUGUGCUGCUGAAUCUUCUUGUGAAACUCCAAUUUCAGUGGCUCUUCUAUUGGAAGAAAUUAGUAUGAGAUUAGGAGUCAAGAUUGGCUUGGGCUUUGGAAUUCACAGUUCUCCAGCUGAAGAGAAGCCAUCCUCAGCCAAGGCCAAGCUGACUUAGCAGUUUGAGCCAUGUACUGCACCUCUCAUUACAAGUUUUCAUGUAUUAUUAGAAUUUUUGAUGGGGCUACCUAAUCUCUGUAAUGAAUAAUGAAUUAUGGUUUGAUUCCUGUUUUUAUCAGCAUUACAGCACAAAGUAUUUGUUGGUUUACAUGAAGCAAUAUGGUGAUUUUGCAUAUAUCGUCUUGCUUCUCUCUCUUUCCAUGCUUUUCCUAUAUUUUGUGUGAUUGUUUUAAAACCAACUCCACUGUUUUCCUCCAGAUAUUGGAAGUUGGUUUCGAGAGAUAUUUGGUGGUUGGGUAAAAGUGCAGGACUGAAUUACCAUGAGCAGGAGCAUCUUAAGUACAUUGGCCCUCUGGAAGCACAGAGAACCCUGUCUGCACCAUAAAGUUUGCACAUGAAGUAACAGCCUAAAUCUAAAG